CCAUGAAAUGUGCCAUUUAUUAAUUAUUAUUAUAUUUUGCAAACAGUGUCGUUUCUUAUCCCACUUUGCAAAGCGUUGAAACGCUGGGUGCAAAAUGAACAAUCGGGGGGGGUGUGUUUGGAGAAAUUUCGGAUGGCGGAAUUACGCGUCGGAACAACCUGUAAAUUCCGCGAAAGGCAAAAAAACUGUUUCCAACUACAACUGAGUGGCGUUGUUGCGCCGGCAGCGGAGGAGGCGAGCGCUACUGCACACUACAGCGAGCGGAAGAGGGAAAAAUGCAGCCGAACGCGCACGGAAAGGCGGCUUGACUCCGCGCCGGAGAAGGACGCACUCCACCGGGGCGAGCUCACCAUGUGACGGUCCCGCGUGAGUCGAGAUCCGCUGCCGCGUAAUAAUAAUAAUAACAAUAAAAAAAGCCGCCGACCAAAUCUAAGACGCGUGCCGGGCUUCUGCGGCUCGUGCUCGCGGCAUGCCUGUGGAGCGCCUCCGCUCAUGAACGCUCCGCUCCGGUAACGGCGCCAUGCCGCUCUCUAACCACCUCACCGCGUCCGCAUCGCACCGCCUUCGCUCUCCUCGGCUGCAUGUCUGAAUCAACGUAAAGACGACAGAGGAGGAGGAGGAGGAAGAGGGAAUAAACAAAAAAAAAAGAAAAAAAGUCAGAAAUCAAAUAAUUGCGGGAAGAUGGCGCCCACCAAGCCUGGCGUUCAGCAAGACCCUUCAAGACGAGAACGGUUGCAGGCUCUGAGGAAGGAGAAGUCACGUGAUGCUGCACGCUCACGCAGGGGGAAGGAGAACUUUGAGUUCUACGAGUUGGCCAAGAUGUUGCCACUGCCAGGUGCCAUCACCAGCCAGCUGGACAAAGCCUCCAUCAUCCGCCUCACCAUCAGCUACCUGAAGAUGAGGGACUUCGCCAACCAGGGCGACCCUCCAUGGAACGUGCGCAUUGAAGGACCACCACCUAACACCUCAGUCAAGGCUAUUGGCUCACAAAGAAGGAGGAGCCCCAGUGCAGUUGCCUCAGAGAUCUUUGAGCCUCACCUGGGCAGCCACAUCCUACAGUCCCUGGAUGGAUUCGUAUUUGCACUAAACAAGGAGGGGAGGUUUUUGUAUAUCUCAGAGACCGUGUCCAUAUACCUCGGCCUUUCACAGGUGGAGUUGACAGGCAGCAGUGUGUUUGACUAUGUGCACCCGGGUGAUCAGGUGGAGAUGGCUGAGCAGUUGGGGAUGAAGCUUCCUCCAGGUCGGAGUCUGCUGUCUCAGGGAGCCGGGGCUGAGGAUGGAGCAAGCUCAGCCUCCUCAUCCUCACACUCUGAGACGCCUGAACCAGUGGAGUCCAGCAGUCCGAGUCACCUCUCUCCAGAUAACACAUUGGAGCGUUCCUUCUUCAUACGAAUGAAGUCCACGUUGACUAAGAGAGGCGUCCACAUCAAGUCCUCUGGCUACAAGGUGAUCCACAUCACAGGCAGGCUGAGGAUAAGAAUGGCUCUAACGCACAAUCGUUCAGUGCCAAAUCAGAUUAUGGGCAUGGUGGUGGUGGCUCAUGCCCUCCCUCCCCCCACUAUAAACGAGGUUCGCAUCGACUGCCAGAUGUUUGUCACACGGGUCAACAUGGACCUCAACAUUGUCUACUGUGAAAAUAGAAUUAGCGACUACAUGGACCUGACACCUGUGGAUAUCAUAGGAAAAAGAUGUUAUCAGUUUAUUCAUGCCGAGGACGUGGAGGGCAUUCGGCACAGCCAUUUAGAUUUACUGAAUAAAGGCCAGUGUGUGACAAAAUACUAUCGCUGGAUACAGAAGAACGGAGGCUAUAUCUGGAUCCAGUCCAGUGCCACUAUUGCUAUCAAUGCCAAGAAUGCCAAUGAGAAGAACAUCAUCUGGGUCAACUAUGUGCUUAGUAAUCCGGAAUACAAAGACACACCCAUGGAUAUCACACAGCUUCCGAAUCUGCCAGAAAAAGCCUCAGAGUCCUCGGAAACCUCUGACUCAGAGUCUGAUUCAAAGGACAACUCUGAAGACAAUGAAAACCCCAAGUCAGAUGGGAAAGGAAAUAAGUCUUCUGGGAACAGUGAAGAGCCAGAAACAGACAGUAAGAAACCCACCAGACACUCUGAGCAGGAGAUGAGGCAUCAGGAGGAGGAUAGCUCCAGUAAUGCAGAGAGCCAGGAGAGUGAGGACAGCUUGGAGCCCUCUGAUUGUGAGGCCGAGCACAAGGAGGGCCGCUUGACUCAUCUCAGUGGUCUGCCCAUUAAAGUGGAGCACUAUGGUGAUGGAGAGGGAGCAGAGCUUCACAAUUCGCUCUCAUCCUCCUCUGAAGAAGAGGAUGAAGAGGAGGAGGAGGAGGAGGAAGAAGAAGACAAUGAUGAGAUUAUGAAAGACUACAACAGCGAAGUGGAACUAAGUGGUCCACUGACAAGUAAACGCCAGAAGAAAAAGAAAAGGAGAAAAAAACAGAAAUGGGGGGGCAAUCGUCAGCGUCUGCGACUUUCACCACCAGACAAUGUCACAGCAAGUCCAGGAAGUCUGGAGCCUGCACUAGGGGAGCAGCCUCCACUGCUGCCACCUCCAUCACCCGCAACUGCCUCAGUGCUCAAGAUCAAAACAGAGAUGGCCGAGCCAAUCAACUUUGAUAAUGACAGCAGUAUCUGGAACUUCCCCCCAAACCGGGAGAUCUCACGCAACGAGUCACCUUUCAGCAUGACCAAGCCUCCUAGUGCCCAUGAAGCCUUCCCAGCUGCUAUCCCAGACUCAGUACUCACUCCACCAGGCACUGAAGGAGGAGCAGGCAUCAGAAAGCCCUUCAACAACAGCAGCAGCAGUAGUAGCAGUAACAGCGCCCCCACCUCAGCCAGCCUGGCACCCCCACUGUCUAAUUCCUCAACCUCUGACCCCCUAUCACCUCCACUUUCAGCCUCACCACGUGAUAAGCAGCAGGGCACACCCACCUCCCAGAAUUCCCUGUUGUAUAGCGGUGACCUGGAGGCCCUACAGCGGCUACAGACAGGCAACGUGGUGCUUCCCCUGGUGCAGCGUGUUGCAGGCACACUGGCUGCCACCAGCACAGCAGCAGCACCACGUGUCUACACGGCAGGCACCAUUCGCUACGCACCUGCCGAUGUCACACUUGCCGUGCAGGGCAACCUGCUCCCCAGCGGACACACCGCGGUCAACUUUGUGGACAUGAACGGGCCUGGCUUUGGAAUUGAUGCCAAGACACCCAUGGAAAUGCUCUACCACCAUGUGCACCGGCUCAACAUGUCGGGUCCAUUUGGUGGUGCAGGCACAGGUGCCAGUCUCGCACAGAUGCCCACUGCUAAUGUCUUCACCACGGCAGAGGGACUCUUCUCUACACUUCCCUUCCCCGUUUACAGCAAUGGCAUCCACACAACACAGACUCUCGAGCGCAAGGAGGAUUGAAGCAAAACACUGAGACCAUAUUACUGUGUUCAAUUUAAAUCAAGAAACUCUUUCGAGGCCUAUGACUGUGUUUCAAGUUGGGAGUGGGAAUUAAUUGUUCUAGCACUUUGAAUUUCAAGCAGUUAUGCUUGUGUAAUUGAAACAAAUGGUUUCUCUUCCUGUGUCUUUCCUCAUUUUUUUUUCUCUUCCUCCUCUUCCUCCCUCCCUUCUCUAGAGCCAAUGACAUUUUCUUUAAACAAACUAAACAGGCUCAUCUCUAUUUCAGAGUUCCUUUGAGCCACAGAGAAUUCACCACUCAGGUGUGUGGUUUCUCCAUGGUGAAAUAAAAUGUGCUUUUAUUGACUUCA